UUCUUGUCCAACCCUAUGUUUUGCAUGACAAUCGUUUUUCAGGAUUCUACGUCUACCAGUGAUGUUCCUUCUUCGGCGUUGCAAACAGGUUAUCUGCCAUCGGUGGAAGACCUGUUGCCUCACAAAGCGUCGCUCACUUGGACCGAGUCUCCUUAUUACUUGCACGUCGUGUUGCGGCAGAAAUCUGCAGCAUCCAAACAGCAAUGCGCUGCCAGCGGGGUUUGGCAGUCCCCGAAAAAAAGAGAGGUGUGGUUUUGUAUUCCACGCGAACGAGCGGACGAAUUCUGCUCAUUCAUUCUUCGAUGUUCGGCAGAAAGCGAUAAACCGACCUUCCAUGAGCCGACUGAUGAUAGUGCGUUCGUGGUCGUCAGCGGAGGGGAAGAGAUCGGCGAUGAGCCGAUCGGUCUCUACAACAAUCUGUCGCUGAACCGUGAAUGGGAGAUCGUGACGGUCGAGGAGGUAAAGCGACGGUUGUCGCUGUUUGACGUAGCCGAUUCUUUUGGGCUACCCCUUCCUGAAGGAUCCGACGAAUCGAAGUUGUUGGACGAAAGUUUGAUACGUAAAAUCAUGGAAAUUUUGCCCGCCAGAGCUCAAGGGUAUCCAUGGAUUCUACUUUACUCGAGUGAUAGAGACGGAUUUGCUUUGUCCACGUUGUAUCGUUCUGCAGGUGCUUUCAAAGAAAAAACUUCCCCUUGUUUAUUGGUGAUCAAGGACUCAAAGGGUCGGCUGUUCGGUGCGAUCGUCAACUGUCUGUUGCGCAUGUCGGAUCACUUUUAUGGCAGCGGUGAGUCACUGUUGUUCACUAAUUUCCCUGAGUUUGACGUUUUCCGUUGGACCGGCGCCAACGAUUUCAUCGUUAAGGGCAGCAUCGAAAGUAUAGCCAUUGGCGCUGGUAAGGGCCUCUACGGCUUAUGGCUCGACAGCGACUUGUACCACGGUCGCACUGAGCAUUGCGAUACUUUUGACAAUCGUCUCUUGACUGACAUGGACUUUGUUACAGCAGGCGUCGAACUAUGGGGCUUCAGUCUUGGUCUCUGA